AGAUGGAGUUUGCUGUGCAGAUGACCUGUAAGAAUUGUGUAGAUGCAAUUUGCAAUUCACUCCAUGGUGUUGAAGGUGUGUAAGUUUGUGGAAAAAUUGGGGUCUUUUUUAUUGUUUUUUUGAUUUUUUUAAAAUCAUCCUAGGUUGUGAAUAAAAGGGUUUAUUUUGUUUUCUUAUUUUGGGAUAUUGACUGUAAUGUUCACUCAAGUAAUUCAAUGCAUACAUGCAGGUGGCUUCAGUUGUAAUGACUGUGUUCUGGUAUAAGACCCUUCACACCUUUCAUACCAUGCCCCACCCAGUAGUUAAAAUGUUUACUCGGAAACUUCCAGGAAAACAUGUAACCAAGUUUUGGAACUUUGUUGUGAUGAACCAGUACCCAAUCCUAAAGAGGGUUAUCCUAACAGCUUUUAAUCGAACUGUGACUACUUUUGGAAGCAGGAGGCUAAUUAUCCUAUAGGAUUAUUAAUGAUAUGUAAAUUACAGUUGCUAUUUUUAAUCAUGUGCUGGUAAAAUUGUUCAAUAUUGAAUGUGACUUAACAUUGUUUUCUAGUAAAAUAUUUAUAUGGAUCUUUUAAUUACUCUAUCAUGAUAGCUGGAUAUUCCGACCAUUUUUGUUGAAUGGUGUUGAUAUUAAGGACAAUCAAAAUCCCUGAAUAUAUGAUAGAAAUGACAGCUUAAAUUAAUGCAUGAGGUGGUUUAACUGAUAGAAAAUGACUUUUUUUUAGGUAUCACAUCAUUCACAGUGGAUCCAAACUCAGAGCAAGUGACUUUAGAGACAACUCUGUCAACCAGACAAGUCCAGAAUCUAUUAGAAACCUCAGGACGUACAGCCAUCUUACGUGGACUUGGUCCAGCAGGCAAGGGCUAUAUGUACACAACACUGAGCAAUAAAAAUUAUGCAGUUGUGUGAUGACUGUAGAGCAUGCCAUCCCUAGAAGUUCAGCAACAUGUACACUGUAGUUGAUCCUGUCCUUUCUCUACUGAAUUUGAGUUACUGAAAGUCCUCCCACUGAAUCAACUGAAAACAACUUCCUUAAUGUCAUGCCUCAAACUGUCUCUUAGUCACAACUAUCUUACUGUCACACUGUUUAUGAUCCCUAUCAUCAUCGCCACUACAAGCUUCAAAUUCCUGGUCUCCUCUUAUAACCACCUACCCCCAUUGUCAUCAUCAUCAUCAUCAUCACCACCCUGUUGAGAUGCUUGACUGUGACAGUACUUACAUGAUUUGAAGUUCAAGACUGAGUUGUCAAACAAUUUAUUCACCCUUACCAUCUCUUUCUUCAUGAUCAUCACUAUUUUCCUCAUGGACUUUAUCCUUCUCAUUAUCACACUCAUCUUUCCCCUUAUCCUCGUCAAAGCUCAUUGCCAGCCUUGUUAUUAUUGUCCUUCUCUUCUGCACUCAUCACCUUCCUAUUAUAUAUAUUUUUUUCACUAUCAUCAUCAUUACUAUCCUCACUAUACUGUUGGUUAUUGUUUUUAUUCCAAUCUAUCAAUUGCCAACUUUUUUGUCAGAUAUUUAUGACAAACAGAUAUCAUUUCAUUCCACACAGGGAAAGAUCUGAAGCAUUUAGGAGCUGCUGUUGUGGAGAUGCGCAGUGGAAUUGUUAAAGGUGUCACCAGAUUUGUUCAGGUAUCUUAAUGCACUUUUGGAUGAAAAGGUUCUUUACAGCACAUAGCCUAAUGACAUUGCUGUUAAAUGUAUUUGUGUUUUUAUGAGUUCCAAUUUACAUGAGAAACUCAUUAUUUGAUGAUGGUCCAUACAAUAUCAUAUUGAAAUUAUGUCCUACUAGGUGGAAAACCAUUAGGGUCAAAUUCUUUAUCACAAACAGAGAAUGUCCAUUUGUCCAUGCUAUGUCCACAGGGAAAGGAAGAGCUGAUAGUUUCAUCUGAUUGCAAUUUAUGCUGGUAAUUUUCUGAUUUUUAGGUAUCUGAGGAUCUGUGUGUGAUUGAUGGUACAAUUGAUGGACUUUCUCCUGGACUUCAUGGGCUCAAUAUUCAUGAAUUAGGAGAUCUGUCUCUGGGAUGUGCAAGGUUAGUUAAAAGUUAUCUGUGACAUUUGUGAACUGUACAAUUCAGAGUACAGUAUUCAUGAUUUACAUGAGUUUUGUCAAAAGAGGAAACUAUAUAAUAAGUGAGCAUUGGUAGCUUGAUGAUUUGCAAGCUGAACUCUUGUUGAAAGGUCCAGGUGUGAGCCCUGGAUGUUGUUAUUCAAAAUCUUUACUCUUAUGGUACACCUCUUCACUAUGGAGUGCAGACAGGUGACAUUAACCAUUCACACCCUCACAUUUACAUCCAUAUUCUCCAUGCUGUUCUCUUUAAAUUUCCUAAGGUACUGACAAGGAGACUUUGAUUAACAAUCAGGAGCUUCAGAUCUGAAAUUGCUGAUCACAUUCUUAAUUCUUAUGGCCUUUAUAUUUGAUUCAAAGGUGAUACUGUAAGGAGAAAUUAGAAGCCAGUCACUCUUUGGGGUUAAAGGGUAACUAAGUUGUUAGAAAAACCUGACAAAACUGUACAGGGGAUAACUUGUGAUGGACUACCAUUCUACUGAGGAUGUGUGCAAGUACUGCUACAAUUUAAGAUAACCUGUUUAAUUAUUCAAUUAUGAUAAAAAGAUACAUCUUUCCCCUUAGUACUGGUGAUCAUUAUAAUCCCAGAAACUGUCAACAUGGAGCACGAGAGGACAAUGAGAGGGUAUGUUCAUUAAUAAUUGCCACUAAUUUUGAAAAAAAUUUCACUCUGUAACCACUUUUAGAAAGUCCAUUUUUGCAGUUUGUAGGGUGUGGUAAAUGUUAUGUGGUGACCACAAGUGCUAAGGUGGCUUAGUUGUUGAGAACCCAGCAUGUGAAUGGAAGAUGGUACAUAUGGGACCUGUCACUGGAACAUUGUCUUUUGUUCCCAAUCAGUAAUUUUAUCUUAUUACUCUUAGUUUGUACAAUUUCAAGAAGAAAUAAAUUAAGCUUAAAGACUUGGCAGCCAACUUAAGUUACAGAGGCUUGAUUUCAAGUAUUGUAGAAUUGAUUGUUGGCCCUCCCAAACUCAACCUUUGAUACUGAUAACCGCAUAUAACUAAGGCCUCUAAUUCAGUUAGUCAUUCAUACUUUUAGUGAUGGAUGAUUAAGUUGGCUGAUUUAUUUGUAUUUUGUAUAUCGAAGCAUGUUGGUGACCUUGGCAACAUUUCAGCUGACAAAAAUGGCAGAGCCUCUUUCAGAAUGGAGGACAAAAAUAUCAAGGUAAAUCACUUGGACUUUUCUUACAUUAUGUUUUUAUUCUCCAUCAGGUAAGAAACUUUUAGACUAUGUACAGCUGUGAUUUUUUCUUCUUGUCUGAUAAAUUGUUGAUUGUUUCCUAUUAAUCUUAUUGGUAAGUGUGCAUAAGAGUUAAGAGAGUUCUGCUACUAAGCUGUAGGUUCAAAUUCCUGUUGCACUUGCAGUCACCUACAUAUGGAGUUUCUUUCUUUUUCUUCUGUUGUGUUAAAAAAAAGGGAAAAGGUCCUAAAGAAGUUAAAUAACCCCAUAAAAAAUAUAGUAAAACAAAAUAACCUUAAAAAUAUAAUCGUUAAAUACACACAGUGCAAAUUACAUGAACAAUCAAAUGCCACACAACAGUACAGUGUAGUUGACAAUGUGCAAUCAUCACAAGGACCAAGGUCUGUUUACACUAUUAAUAGCUUCCUGUAGUGACAUUUUUUGUCAGGUUUCUCAGUUUUUGAGGUGGCCAUUAAACAUGCGCAUUCUCAGGUUAAAUGAAUAUGAAAUCUUUUUGACCCUCAACACCCUGAUAUUAAUAUGCAUAUUCUCCAUACUGUUCUGGGAACAUUUCUUAAGGUGCUGACAAGGAGAUUAUUUGUCUAACAAUCAAGAGCUUCUCUUAGGUGGUGAUCAUUUCCUUUUUACUUGUGACCUUAAUGUUUGAUUGAGGGUGAUAUUGUAAGGAGAAUUAGAUGCUAGUCACUCUGAGGGAUUAAAGGGUUGAUCAGUUAUCAUCUGGGAGCUGUUAUGAUAAAUCUGCUUGGUUGAUAUUAUUAUUACAUGCACAUAUGAUUUAUGUGUGGGAAGUUCAAAAAUUUUGAGAUUUCAAGGUUUUAUAUUGACGUCUCUUUGAUGUAGAUUUUUGUAUUACAAAUUAGCUUUUAAGACAGAACGACGUUUCGACCUCUCUGAGGUCAUUUUCAGUAAAUUGUAAAAAUUAGCAUGGUUUCAGUCCAAAAAAUUAUUCAACAUUUUCAAGGUUUAUCUAGGAUUUGGAAACACUAACGUACAAGCAAUGUGGCGUUACUUCGAGGUAUUAUAGCGUAAACGGGGGUUGUUGUUCUACAGUAAGAGCAGUUUAAUCAUUUAUUUUGUCCUUCCCUGCAGGUUUGGGAUGUAAUCGGCCGCUCACUUGUCGUACAUCACGGUGAAGAUGACCUUGGGCGUGGCACCAAUGAAUUGUCGAAGAUAACUGGAAAUUCUGGCCCUGGGUAAGACUUGUACCGAAAGAGUCUGCAAACUUAGAUUCCAGGUUCUUACACUUAUUUUAUUUUAUGUUGUUUCCUGGCAGUAACUGAAAAGAACAGGGGCGUUCAGAUCUAAGAUCUCAAACGAAUUCGCAUUUUGAUCAGCCGCGGUCUCGGUCGGAAUGUGAGCGUUCUUUUCUUGGAGUCUUUUUACAUCGAAGUUUUACGCUUUCGUUAGUUCCUGUAAGUCGACGUUACAAAAAUGAUUUUGAAAUUCCUCAACUCUUCACAUAACAUGGUCGUAUAAGCUGCCCUCUUUGGCUCAUUUUGACAAACAAUAUCGGGAACUCGUUGUAGACCCUCCUUCAAGAACCAAUUUCUUUAUUUAGCGAUAGGAAGUUUAAAAUCUUAUCGUGUAGCAAAGGAAGGGCUUUGAAGUACAGUCCUGUAACUGACGAAAUAUGUUUGAAUGUGGAUAACUGAGAUACGGUUUUGUUCUUUUGCUGUUUUGGAGGAUUCUUUUUCCUUCCCGAGAUUGUCCCCCUUGUACGAACCUAACUCCCAACAAAGUCAUCUGAGCGAGCCCCUAGAACAACUUGGCGACCACUUAUUAAAAUGUGUUUCUAAAAAAAUCUUUUACAGAUUAUCUUGUGGAAUCAUCGCCAGAUCAGCUGGACUUUUCCAGAACACCAAAAAGUACUGUGCAUGUGAUGGAAAAAUCCUUUGGGAGGACAAGCCAUUGUCUGAACCAACAAGCAUGCCUUCUCAGCUGUAAAUUCUUGUACGGAAACCAGUGGAUGUCUUGAAAUCAAGAAAUCUUCUAGGAUAUUUCAUCUGUUUGGGAUCAAGCUCCGUAAAAGCAGGACACAGGCAAACCAAUAACAUUCGCUUCUGUUUUCGCAAUAUCAAGAAAAAGAGCAGUUGAUUUUAUCUCUUGGAGUCACUUAAAAGUUAAAUGAUAUCUUUGACGUCAUAGCGAAAUUUUUUCCUGUCAUGAAAUCGCCCAAGGAAGGUUUUUAGUAGACAGUUGUCUCGAUUUUUCAUUCUUCAUUUAACACUUACCCUUUGGAUCAUGUCGCAUCAUGUGACUGAGGAGAAACAAACUGUUUACGUUCUUUCAAAUUUCAUAUUGAUAAGGAAUCGAAUCUCAGUUAGACCCAUCCAAGCAAACAUUUCAACUGAAUUUCGAAACAACUUGUCACGCUUUUAGGGAUGGCAAAAUAACAAAUCAAAACCACAAGAGUUUAAACUAUUCAACAGCAUUCUUGUUUAUAUCAGUUGAGCUCCCCAACUUUGGUAGUGCUCUGUGAGCCGUCUUAAGUCUUACUUUGACCUUCUUGGAAUCUCUGUACAGAUAACAUUUUACCCGCACGGCUUGCGUGUUGACGUGCCCUUACCCGUUUCCCAAGGGAAUAAAAUCCCUACCAUGUGAUCUUGAAAGACGGUUUUGUGUUAUUUAAAGGAAAUACAAGAAAAUCUGUCACUUGAACCUUGUUUAUCAAAAUAAUUUGGCCCGCGAUGGUUGAGCACUCUCCUGCUGAGAUUGUUAUAAUUCAU